AAUGUCGCGGUAUCAUGGGCACCUCACCUACAGUGGCAUUGCUGCCUUAAUUAGUUUUUAAUUUUUCAAUCUUCUUGCGCUCUCGGUCAAUCUUUGAUUCGCACGAUUUGGUCGCUCGCCUGUCUACUUCCCUCGCACCACACAACGUUACUCCUCCCGCUUCCCCCCUCUUUGCAUGUUAAGUCUUGGCGAUAUCCACUCAUCUCCUCGCACCAAAAACACUUACUUCCCCAAGGCCCGGCACACCGGCUUCUCUGGCGUGGGCCGCAACACGCGGUGUUGCGCAACACUCUGUGGACGAGCCGGUUUGGACGGCUUGUCGCUGACCAAGCAAGUGGGAGGGACCGGCGACUGUGCUGCGAACAUGGGCCACGGGUGGGAGACUCAGCAGACGAGCUUGCGCGUAGCCCUUGGCGCCCAGGAUCUGGAGGUCUUGGCUGCGGCGGAGAGGCCAAGAAGAGAGGAGCGGAAAGCUUCUUUCUGCUCUUGGUCAUCGCCCCUCAGCCAACUAUGUCAAGUCAUCUGGCCCCGAAAAAGGGUAGGAGCCACUCCCCCCGCUUAUCGAGGUCUUGGCAUCGUCUACGGUCGAGUCGAAAAAGGGGAGGUGGAGGAGCUCGGUUAAGCACAUUAAAGGGGAUAUGACGAGCCGGCUGCAUCGGGGAGGUCCAAUCCCCGACACCGUUUAUCGAGUUAUGGGAUAUGCACUUAUCGGAGCAUCUGAGGCCGCCGCCGCCGCCGCCGCCCUCCCCUGGGCAUCCGUGGAAGCCCCCCCCCCCCC